GCGCCUUCAAUGUAUCUCCCAGCUGAAGCCUGUAGACUGUGCCGCGCGCCUGUGUUUUUUGACGGGACUGUAGGACGUUUGACAGCAGUUUUAUUCAGCUGUUUUCUUCUUACUCCCUGCAACGAGCAAAGGUAGCACAAAGGCAGAGAAAUCAGCGGCCAGGUCAUAGUGUUUGCCUCUUGAAAUUUAAUUGUGUUGUCCUCCCCCAGUGACAAUGGGAAGGCUGUCAGCAGAAAUUUCUGGUGUCCCUCCUCUUUUUGCCCGCAGAUCAUUGUUGUGUAGGAGGGCAGGGAUGGACCUGAUCCUUUGGAACCCUACUAGAAAUUACUGAGUUCAUUCACAGUUGUUUUUAUAUUCCUGCGGCGGCGCCGGCAGCGGAUGUGUUUCAGGUUGCACGAUUUGACUUAAUCACCAAGUAUUAUACAAACAUGGUGAAAUUCCCAGCCCUUACUCACUAUUGGCCCUUAAUCCGCUUUUUGGUUCCUCUGGGGAUCACUAAUAUAGCCAUCGAUUUUGGAGAGCAGGCCUUGAACAGGGGUAUCGCAGCAGUCAAGGACGAUGCCAUUGAGAUGCUGGCAAGCUAUGGGCUGGCCUACUCCCUCAUGAAGUUCUUCACAGGUCCGAUGAGCGACUUUAAGAAUGUGGGCCUAGUGUUUGUGAAUAGUAAGCGGGAUCGGAUGAAGGCAGUAUUGUGCAUGGCUGUUGCAGGCACCAUAGCUGCAGUCUUUCAUACCCUAAUAGCAUACAGUGAAAUGGGGUAUUAUAUCAUUAACAAACUGCACCAUGUAGAUGAAUCAGUGGGGACUAAGACACGGAGGGCCUUCUUGUACCUUGCAGCCUUUCCUUUGAUGGAUGCCAUGGCUUGGAUCCAUGCCGGUAUCCUCUUGAAACAUAAACAUAGUUUCCUGGUGGGGUGUGCCUCAAUUUCAGAUGUCAUAGCUCAGGUUGUUUUUGUAGCCAUUUUGCUGCACAGUCACUUGGAGUGUAUACAGCCACUUCUCAUUCCUGUCCUCUCCUUGUACAUGGGGGCCCUGGUUCGCUGUACCAUUUUGGGACUUGGCUACUACAAGCACAUUCAUGACAUGCUUCCUGACAGGAGUGGACCUGAACUAGGAGGUGAUGCAACAAUUAGAAAAAUGCUGAGCUUCUGGUGGCCUUUGGCAUUAAUUCUAGCCACUCAGCGAAUUAGCCGACCCAUUGUUAACCUGUUUGUGUCACGUGACCUUGGCGGCAGUGUUGCUGCCACAGAGGCUGUUGCUAUACUAACAGCAACAUAUCCAGUGGGUCACAUGCCAUAUGGCUGGUUGACGGAGAUCCGAGCAAUCUACCCAGCCUUCGAUAAGAAUAAUCCCAGCAGUAAAAUGGUGAAUAGCAACAGUCCAGUUACCAAAACACAUAUAAAGCGGUUUACCUUCUUCUGCAUGGCACUCUCUCUAACGCUUUGCUUUGUGGUGUUCUGGACUCCAACUGUGUCAGAGAAGAUUUUGAUAGAUAUCAUUGGUGUGGAUGAUGAUUUUGCUGCACUCUGUGUUAUUCCCUUGAGGAUCUUCUCUUUUUUUCCUGUACCAGUUACAGUUCGAGCACAUUUGACAGGCUGGUUAAUGACACUUAAGAAGACCUUUGUCCUGGCACCAAGCUCCGUAUUAAGAAUUAUAGUACUCAUUGUGAGUCUGAUCGUGUUGCCAUAUCUAGGGGUUCAUGGAGCCACCCUUGGUGUUGGAUCACUUCUAGCUGGCUUCUUAGGAGAAUCAGCCAUGGUUGCAGUAGCAGCAUGCUAUGUGUACCGAAAGCAGAAAAAAGAGCGAACUGAGGGUGAACAAAAUGUUGAAGGGGAGGAUUCAGUCAUGACAGACACACCUCAGACAGAAGAAAUAGCUGACACAGUGGAAAUGCGAGAAGAGAAUGAAUAGUUGAUGGCUGCAGUGGAGGCCAGUGGGAGCAAAAAUGCCUCUGAAGUUUCCUUUUCUCAUAUCUUCUGAAAGAAACUCUGGAUGUCAGAGAGCUUUCCCCUGGACAAUUCCUGAGCAUACUAAGUAUGCAAAUAAAGAGGAAAUGAGAAUAUGGGCUGUAUCUGCAUGCUGUGUUUUUUUCCAGUCUUUAUUCACACUCCAGUAAGAAGCCUUCAUCACAACAAGAAGUCUUCCACAGUGGAGCAUUCAUCAACUUGGACAUUCAGGACAUUAUGUCAACCAAAGCUCUGUUGCACAACUCAUUUUCUCACCAAAUUCACUGCUUCAAAUUCUGUUGCCAUCCUGUUGACUUUUAAUUCUGGAAGAGUGUUAAAAGCAAAAUGAGGGAACAUUUCACUUUCUUUUUAUGCUUGAUUUUUUUUUUUAAUUUAAUUAAAUAAAUCUUCUGUCUUGAAUGUAGGAACAGCAUAUAGGCCAUUUAGUGACCUAUGCUCUGUAUUACCACAGUGCUGCUUUUCUGAAAAUAUGCUAUCAAAAUACCUAGUAUCCUUAGCUGCCUAGUAAACAUCACAAUGAAAACAAUUUGACUAUCCAUCCUUAUUAGGAAAUGGAUAACUGACGAGACAGCAUUAAGGCAUAUAUGGCACCGGUGCUAAAAGUUCAUAUCUGAACGAAAAAGUAAGAAAUUGGUACAUGAAAAGGUAUAAGCUAGAAAAUG